GGCACGGGUAGGAAUACUAGUUAAUAAAAAUACGGAGUCGUAGUAUUUUCUUUUCUUCUUACCUCCCAAAUUCCAACCAAACAUAGUGUUACGGAUUAUUUUGAAAUCCGGUUUUCUUUCGAUCGCCGUGGCUCUUCUCCCGUCUUCAACAUCAUUCCCUCUCCACACCAGAGCUUAUCUAAUGGAUGUACUGGAUAUUGACCAGCUGGAGGAAGUGCCAGAUACCCCCAUUAGAACCAUGAAAAUUGUUAUUCGACCCCCAAGAAGAAACUGUGGUUCUGAGCAUUCUGGACAAUCUCCGCAUAAUAAGGACAUUGGCGGAGUUAAAAAGGAGAGAAGCACUUCAGAAACUCGUUCAGAACAGGGAAAUUUUUCAACUCAGCAGAGUAAGAACCAGCUGAUCACCAAUGGCAUUGGAGCAAGGAGAUCUUUAAUUCGUGGUUCUCCAAGAACCAGUGGUUCUGGACAUUCUGGUCAACUGGACUGCCAUGCAAAGUCUUUGACUUCCGGAGUACAUGAUUUUCCUUCAAGAAAUGAUUUUUUGUUUGCAAGGAAUGAUUUAAGUGGAAGGCAAGAGGACCCAGUGUGGAAUCCUCACGUAUCUGCCUGCAAAGGUGGUGCAUUCGUUGCAAGUUCGACAGACCAAAGCAGGUCGGCCCUUGGACUGCCAGAAAGUAGCCUAGGCGAGGAUUUUAAAGGGGGGGCUGUAUCAAGUAGUAAGUUCUCUUAUGUACAAGAUAUGGAAAAGCUUUCAUUGGCCACAAAUAAUUUUCACAAAGUAAAAGAAAUUGAUGAUCAAACUAAAGUUGGUGUGCAUAUCAAUCCUCGAGAGAGGAAAGAGCUUGCUCAUAAUGUGAAGCACGAUGUCAUGAAGAACGGCAAUGCUUCUGUUGUCACCUUUCCCAAGGUCACUGGGAAAAGGAGAUUGGUACGGAAUGGAUGUAUAUCUCCACAUAACAUAGUGAAGGCCAAGCAGGCAGUUGGGAAGGAUCACAGUGGUUUCUUAACUGUUGAACAAAGUUGUACCAGUUUUCCUGCAACGUCAAGCAGUUCAAAGGAUCUAUCUAAUGUUAUAAAUUUGGUGUCGGAAGACCUUAGCUCUUGCUCAGCUAAAGGCAAAGGAGUGAUGGUGCAUCCUUCUUCUUUCUCAGAACCAAAUGCGCAACGUGCAAAUACAUCCUCUAGAAAUAUUGUGGUUAUUGAUGAUGAAAUGGCUAAACCUGAUGGUGCCAAUCAGAAUACUGUCAGAAGCAGUGAAGAGGCUGGAUGGAGAAGUACACGAAAUCGAAGUCAGAGAAAGUCGUUACAAAAAGAAAAGGAAAGAGACUCCCAGAGUCAUCAAAAUAGUUCCACGUGCAAGGAUUUAUCACAAUCUUCUAGACAGAUGGCAGUGCAUUUUGGGCAACAAACAGGUUGUGUUGAUGAUCACCAUUCUGUGAUAGAUUCACUUGGCAAAAGACAAAAGCGAGGAUCUACUUCAAGCAUUCAUGGAGAGUGUUCUACGUCAGCAUUUGAUGAUUCAGACAUUGUGUUCAUUGGAUCAUCUAAGGAUGUUAGUAAUAAUAGAUCAGGAGGGAACCAAAACCAUCAAGGAAGAGAUUUCUUAGCACCAAGUGUUGAUGUCGGUGAUAGCUCCUCUCAAGCAAGAAAUCACAGUUCUCAAGGUUUAACUUUAACAUGCGAAAGGGAUGGAGAUACUAGAGUCAGACAGGUAGAAGCAGACGAAAUUCUUGCACGUGAGUUACAAGAGCAACUAUACAAUGAGUUGCCUAUUCUUGGAGUUACAGAGAUUGAUGAACAUUUUGCAAGGGAUUUGCAACAAGGUGAUGUACACCAUGCUUUCGGUGGCGAAACUAACACAAUUACGAAUAGAACUAGAUCAGUUGCAAACUCACGAAGGCAUCCCCACAUACAAUCUUCAACUAAUGUUUCUCGUAGAUCGUCUUUAGUUCGAGCAUUUAAUAACAGAGCAGUGACUUCGAGGUCUCGUUUUCCGGGACAACCGCGCACUCUAGCACAACCAAGACAUAGGAAUUCUGUUUUUCACCCUAGCGUGAAUGUGGAAACGAGGAUUGAAGUAUUGGAAGCACUUGAGACGUUUAACAACAUGGGAAUUGUUGCCAGUUUUCUUCGUACUCAAAGAGACUUCACCGAGAACGACUAUGAAAUGUUAUUGGCACUUGAUGAAAAUAAUCACCGACAUGCCGGCGCAUCAAUGAAUCGGAUAAAUGGUUUGCCACUGUCGGUUGUUCAGAUUGAGAAUCACGAAGAAGCUUGCGCAAUAUGCCUUGAAACUCCGACAAUGGGGGAUACUAUCCGCCAUCUCCCUUGCUUACACAAAUUCCACAAAGAUUGCAUCGACCCGUGGCUCCAAAGAAGAACAUUGUGCCCAGUAUGCAAGUCUUCAAUUACUUGAUCUUUGUCUUCAAAAGACGCAAGGUUUGGUACCCAAGGUGAGGGACAUUGACAUGAUCUAGUUUUUUUCUUCUUUUUUUCGUGGAAUUUCACGAGUGGGGGUAAGUUCUGCAUACACACACCCUCCCCAGAUCCUACUCUCGUGUGACUCUACGGGGUCGUUGUUCCUCGACAUUCACGAGAUGGAGCUAGAUCUCUAAUCUGCGAAUGACUUCGACACCCACAGGUCAGUUGAAAGACUGCUUUGUUCUGCUAGCUUUGGUUUUU